GACGGUGUAACUCACUAUUUGAAUGAUCAAAAUAUUGCACAUCAACAUCAACAAGCCUUAUUUGAGAUAAAGAUAACAAAAAUGAGUUCACAAAUUAUCACAGAGCAACCAAAAUUGAGGGAAUAUUUCCAAAAAGUCUGUCGGUUAUGUUUCAGUGAAGAAAUGCUUGAAGAUGUUUUCAAAAUCAAACAAGACGAAAUUAUUCGAUGGAUAUCGGAUUUACUCUCUAUUGUGGUUUCCGAAGACGACCAAAUCAGCCGAUCCAUUUGCGCUAUCUGUCGGGCACGGUUGUACGAAUUCCACAACUACAAAGUGAGCUGCCUCGAAGUGCAAGAAGUACUUCGGAGCCAAAUAUGUCCGGCUGCGGAGAAAGACACAGAACCUGCACUAUUUGAUCAGAAAACAUCCGAGCUGCAAGACGACUCAGGCACGGACGAUCUGCUCGAUGAAAUGAAAAUUUCAGCCGAAAACACCGAACUAGAUGCAGAAACCGUUGAAAUUGAGCACAUCGAACAACCCGUUAGGCAGAAGAAAUCCGGACAGAAACAAUAUGUUUAUGAGUAUAAAGUAGUGAACAAAACCCAAGUGGUGUCAUGCAGCACCUGCGGUAAAAAAGUUCCAAAAUCUUGUCUACAGGCCCAUCAAGAUAAGCAUAAGCAUCGAUACCACAAAACAGGUCUUCCUAUCUACAAAUGCGAACAUGGUUGUGUAGGUAUGAAGUUCAAAAGCCUGCAAACCCAACUGCAUCACUAUGUGAACGUUCACGAUUAUCGGGCAAUGGAGUGCAAAGUUUGCUGCAAAUUGUUUAGAUCCCAAACCAAUCUAUACUACCACAUGAAAAGAAUACAUCAGUUGAAAUCAUACCAUUGCACGAUUUGCAACAGUUCGUUUCCAAUAAAAUGUCAGCUGGAUCGGCACAUGAACAUUCACAGCGCUAAGGAUCAACACUGCUCGAUAUGCGAGUAUGCUACCAACAUAAAGCAUAACCUAACCCGACAUAUGCUUAUACAUGAGAGGCAGUAGAGGAAAAAAAAAGCGAAAGCGGAACCAGAAUUGACCAGGAUAAGGGUCGUGUGACUUCCUGUCACUAGUGAGGUGACAAAAGUAACAUCGUGUGAGGUGACUCUCCGUGCAAAUCAAAUGGAGAGUUACUUCACACAGCGUGACUUUUGUCACCUCACCAGUGACAGAGAGUCACACGACUCGCAUAAUAGGCCUGACGAGUUUACAGUUGAUAGUUAAAAAUAAGAAAACAAAUCGUUUUUUGAUAGGAAUAUAGGAAUAUUUCGCAUCAUCGAUAAAAGUCAUUAAAAAAAGCUUGG